CAAAAUUAUCUCUCAAGCAAAGUGUGUGAAUCAAUGAUAUACACUUGUCACGGUUCUUCACUUGUAGCUGUUUCUGGUCUGGUAAGUUCUUCCUCAGUCUUGUCGGAAUCAUCGGCUCCAAUUUUCAUGCUUCCGUUGCUCCCGAAACCAAACAAGAAGCCCUAGGAUCUCGGCUGUGCUCGCUCCAGUCAACAACACUCUUUCAGGGUUAUUACGUCUGUGUAGAAGAUUGAUCAUAAGCUGCUUCUGAAGAUGGCCAACUUAAUCAUCCUUAUAUUGGCACUAGUGUUCUGGGGAUUUACGUCUGCGUAUUCUCUCCCUUUCGUUGUUUUCCAUGGAAUUGGAGAUAAAUGCACAAACAGCGGAUUGAAAAGUUUUACCAAUCUUCUAAGCAAGUGGUCGGGUUCCAAAGGACAUUGCAUAGAAAUUGGAAAUGGAGCAGGAGAUUCCUGGUUCAUGCCAUUCACAAAACAGACUGAAAUUGCUUGUGAGCAGGUGAAGAAUAUUAGUGCGCUCAGCCAUGGCUACAAUAUAGUUGGAUUUUCCCAGGGAAAUAUCCUUGGUCGUGCUGUCAUUGAGUUUUGUGAAGGAGCCCCUAAAGUGAAUAAUUUUGUAUCACUGGGUGGUCCACAUGCUGGGAUAGCUUCGAUUCCUUUUUGUGGUUCUGGAGGAUUCUGCAUUCUGGUGGACUAUUUGAUAAAAUUAGGAGUAUAUAGUAAAUAUGUGCAGGAACACUUGGCACCGGCUGGUUAUAUAAAAAUCCCAACUGGUAUUAAUCAAUACAUGAAAGGAUGCAAGUUUCUUCCUCAACUGAAUAACGAAUACAAGGAUCACAAGAAUGCUGUUUAUACGAAAAGAUUCGCCAGCUUGCAGAAUCUGGUGCUUAUCAUGUUUGAGGAUGAUAAGGUUUUGGUUCCAAAAGAAACCUCAUGGUUCGGGUAUUUCUCAGAUGGUUCACGAGAUAAGGUUUUGCCUGCUCAAGAGACAACAUUGUACCAGGAAGAUUGGAUUGGUUUACGGAGUUUAGACGAAGCUGGUAGAGUGCAAUACAUAAAUGUAUCGGGAGGGCACCUCGAGAUAUCGAAUAUUGAUAUAAAGAAAUACAUUGUGCCUUAUUUGGAGAGAAGCGCCUCGAGAUACCGACUUUCGAUAUGAAAAAAAUACAUUGUGCCUUUCGAAAAUAGUCAUUGAGAUUGGAUUCCAUAAAACAAGUGGUUGGAUUUAUGGAAGAGAUGAUUUAUUUUGUGUAAUGUUUCUCUUUAUAUUCUAA